AUGCUGCCCUUCAAAGCCGUCUCUUCUCCAUUUCGCAGGGAACAUCUCAGGAGAUCCUACCAUCACGGUUUGCCCGCACGAUACCCGUCACGCCGUCAGCUAAUUGCAGCUCGUCCAAGAAAACCGCCCCUCAUGGAGAGCGCCCCAGUCGCCCACAUUCACAGUUCGGCUACCAAGUAUGACCACAAGCCGACGUGGUAUUUCGAGAACGGCCUGCGUAAAGUGCAACCUUACUUGUUCCAGUUCUCGACCUACGCCAAGGAACGGUGGCGCGGCCGAAGCGUGAUUGAUGUCUUUAGGUUUGCAAUCAAUCUGAUAUUCGUAUUUAUGAAUACAUGGUUCAACCCCGGAUCCAUCAAACAAUUUGCAACGAGCUUGCCAGCGCUGAAAACACAACUUGCGUUGACGAUACCUCAAGAGAUCGAAGUCCAGAAUACUACGUUUGUGCUCUUACCCGCGCAUGCUGUGGCCUCAGGGGUCAUCAAAAUAAACGGCAAGAAUAUCAAGAAGGAUGUCAUCAUCAGAAACGGCGACCGCAUCACAAACACACUCCAUAGACACGAGCCACCAGUGACCGGAGACCCCGUGAGGAUAUUGCAUCGAGAUGACGAGAAAGGGUUAUUGGUCGUCGAAAAGCCUGGCAGCAUGCCCGUACAUCCUACUGGUCGGUAUAACUACAAUACGCUACUGUCCAUCUUACGCUUCGAUUAUGAUCUACCUCUGGUUCACACAAGCAAUCGUCUCGAUCGACUGACUUCUGGAGUCAUGGUCUGCGCUUUGACGGUCGAAGCCUCAAGAGGACUGUCGAAGUAUUUCAGCACUGAAGGCGCAGUGAAGAAGGAGUAUAUUGCUCGCUGUCGUGGAGACUUCCCAGAUGAUGAAAUAACCUGCGAGGAACCUCUGCUAACUAUUGAUCGGCAAAUCGGACUCAACGUUGUUCAUCCUGAAGGAAAACAUGCCAAAACGAUUUUUAAGAAACUGAGCUAUGAUCCAGAAUCAGACUCAUCAGUUAUACAUUGUCGACCAAUCACCGGUCGCUCUCACCAGCUCCGCGUACACUUACAAUAUCUGGGCUACCCGAUUCUCAAUGAUACGAUAUACUGUAACCUCAAGGCGUGGGGAUCAGCCCAGGGUAAGGGUGGGAUUUUCUUCGCUCCAACGGACAAGACCAAACCUUCGACAGAUGACGAACCUCCCCCGAAUGAUGGUGAGAGUGCUCCCCAAGGAAGCGCCUCUGUUAAGACGGAUGAUUCGACGACGAACCUGACGGGCCAAAAGCGGUCCUCGAAAUCGAAGCUCGGAAGGAACCAGCGGCAAGGAAUCUCGCAAGUGAGCGAGAAACGGCUCAAGCUGGAUCCCGAGUCAGCCGAGGCGGGGAACUGCAGCGGGGUAGCCAUCAACGAGCUCGCUGAGGCGGUCAUCCUCGAGCUCAGGAAGGCCCGGGAUAUCGAGGAUGACUUUGGCAGGAUCAAGGAUACCGUGCACAUCGAUAAAGCGUUCAAGUCCCCCCAGGAACUCCAGACGUCCCUCGGCUCUAACCCCGUCUCGGAUCCACUUGACGGCAAGUUUUGUGCUGACUGUGGGAUCCCUCUAUUGCCUGAUCCCAAGCCAGAACAAUUGUACAUCUACUUGCAUGCAUUCAGAUACCAAACUGAAAGCUGGGAUUUCAGUAGUGAGAUGCCUUGGUGGGCAGAUGACCAGGAAUGGAAAGCCAGGAGACCAAGCCAGUAG